CAGGCAUGUGACAUUUCUGGGCUGAGGAAGGAGCAGGUGACUGGAUGAACCUACAAAACUGAGCGCAAAGAUUCAAAAGAACUGGACUAAUGGAGGUUUGUCUGACAGCUGCACUCCUGUUUAUGAUGAUUGACAGUGUGACUCUUGUCACUGAGGACAUGGGGGACCUUACCUUCGUGUGCCCUGAAGGCUGGACUAUACAGGCUCCAAACUGUUACCUCAUAACGCCCUCGCCCAGAAACUUUAUGUCUGCGCAGGAUACAUGUAAAAAGUAUGGGGCCAACCUUGUGAUCCUAGAAGACGAGGUGGAAUCACUGAGUGUCAGCAAGCUGGUUCGCCAAACAAGUUCAUCAAUCGAGACUUUCUGGAUUGGAAACAUUCAUCUUGACGGACAAAGCGUGUGUGGUGGGGUGUGGGACAUCAUGCAGCCUGCAGACCUCAACUCUACUUUCGUGUCCUCACGUGCGUCCAAUGGACGGUGGAGUACGACAGACCCCGACACGAGACUACCUUUUGUCUGCAAGGUUCCCGCAUGCUUAGAAGGCACGUUUCGCUGCUUGGACGGUUCCCAGUGUCUGAACGAGGCCUGGAAGUGUGACGGGGUGUAUGACUGUCCCGAUCAGUCGGAUGAAGCCGACUGUAAACUGGCGCCAUGCACCAGCUACACGCAGGAACCAAACGGAAGUCUGAACGUGACGUAUGAAGCCAACAGGCCGUGCACGUGGGUCAUUGAAGGAGUCGUUGGACAAACUCUCUCCAUAACAUUUCACACUGUGGACCUGGAGAGCGACGCCGACUACAUAGAAGUCUGGAGCGGAGGUCCAACGAUAGAGACCAGCACCCAGAAGGCUUUGUUCACCGGAAGUGUAAGAGAUCGAAUUGUUUAUGGCGACAACAACUUCCUCAUUAUCAGACUGAUCUCAGAUAAUUCUGUUGAAGGACCAGGAUUUACAGCUACUUGGCAAACAGAUCCUGAAUUGUCGUCCGAGGAAAGAAUGGUGGAGGCUACAGACAGUUGGACAGAAGUGACGUCACCUCACUAUCACAAUUCUCAGCGCCCUUCUGUCUACUUCCGCCUGUUCACCGUAAACACGACCGAUGGAUCUCAUAUUACCAUGGAGAUAAUGGAUAACCAGCUGAUGGUCAAUGACUUUGUGUACAAUCCACAAGAGCUGUCUAGUAUAGUCUCGUCUUCCAAUUCCUCGCCAUUGGUCUUCGUGUCACUGGGCAGCAGCUUCACCUUCCAGAUCUCUUCUAAGGGCAACAGCACCCGUGCUUUCCGCGCCAGAGUCAAGCGGGGAUGUUCGCCGGAUCUCACACUUACUUCUGGUGUGAUUGAGUCUCCUGGACCUACACCCACUGGCCCCUACCCUUCAUCUCUCACCUGUACAUACACUAUCCGAGCACCUAGAGACCAUCCGAGAGGCUUCAUGAUCUCGUUUGUGUCUUUCAAGAUGGCUGACGAUAAGGAUGAAAUAAUGGUGUACAAUGUUACUGACAGUGUGUCAAACCAAAUGUACACUAACAGUCGGUACACGUUGUCCAGUCAACUACCUCAGCAUCUGUACUCGGGGUCUGUGUUUGUCAUUCAAUUCACUUCCAGCCUUGCGCAGUCCGAUGGCUACUUCGCGCUAAACUUUAGUCGUGACUGCCCAGCUGUGGCGGACGCGACCAACAUGACCCUGUCUACAACCCUCAGCCACGCAUUCACCUUUGUCAGCAUCUCUUGUAACCAAGGCUACUCCUUCGCCCAAGAAGAGUUCGUUAGCAGCAUCAUGGUCAGCCUGACCUGCAGCCAGGACGGCAACUGGGACAAGCCGCGGAUGCCAACCUGUCGGCAAACCUACUGCGGCGUUCCUCAGACUAUCGCUAAUGGAGAAAUAUACAGUGGUUCUGGUAAUGCUCGGUAUGGAGCUAUUGUUCAGUACAGGUGUUUCCCGGGAUUCCGUGUGAAUGGCUCAUCGACCUCCACUUGUCAAGAGAAUGGUCAAUGGACACUCCCACCUGAAUGUCUAUCUGCCACGUGUCCACCUCCGCCGACUAUUGUCAAUGGGAAUCUGACUUUCAUCACUGGGAACUCCAGCUCUAGCGCCGACAGACAGUAUUUUGGUGCCAUCGUGAUGUACACCUGUCACCCAGGCUAUGACCUCAUAGGUUCUAUGUACUCGCUGUGCUAUUCAGCGAUCUGGUCUAUGCCACCUCCUGUUUGUCAAGCCAUCAAAUGUCCUGUGCCUGAGGUAGACAGAGCCACACUAUCGACACAGAGUCCUGUUGAGCUUGGAGAGUCUUUGAUUAUCACCUGUAACCCUGGAUACACUAACAACGGUACAGACAGUUUUCAGAGUACCUGCACGAGUAGCGGAAUGUUUGAGGUGCCGAGAAAUGUUUGUCAAGAUAAAAAUGAAUGCGAGACGGUGGGAAUUUGCGGAGCCCAUCAGACAUGCCACAACACUGACGGCAACUUUACCUGCGUGUGUGAAAAAGGUUUUACACUCACUUCAGGAAAGUGCGAAGAUAUCGACGAGUGCGCUAACAACACAAGUGGUUGUGACGUCACUAACGGCUACUGUAACAACACCAGCGGCGGCUUCACGUGUGUGUGUAACUCAGGCUACACGAUGUAUACACAGAACGGUACGACUGGCAAGAACAUUCCACUCCCUGAGGAUGGACUGCGACAGGGCGAUGUCUACUACAUCAACCACACCUGUGUCCCCGUUACCUGCCCCAGCCUACCCAGCAUUCCACACGGAACACUUCUAAGUGCCUCGACGUCGUACUUCUAUAACGAGACAGCUGGGUACCGGUGUGACCGGGGCUACACCUUGACAGGGUCUGCUGUGGUGACAUGUCAGUCUAACGGCCAGUGGUCAGCUCUACCUCCCACCUGCAAUCCCAGGUACUGUGCUGCACUGUCACCCACUGGUAUCGUGUCGGCUGUGAUUCCUCCAAAUCCAACAGUUAUUGGAGACAAGGUGACACUGGUCUGCAGGUCUCAGGUUGGCCCUGAGUACAACAAGACCCUCUACUGUGCCUACGAUCCCCUCACCGACAACAUGACGCUACAGGGGGACAGUCACAACUGCCCAGCGAUCGACUGUGGCAGCCCGAGUUUAGUGGCGACAGGUGGCUCCGUCAACGUGUCCACAUCUUCCGGUCUCGGAGAGUCUUUCGAGUUCUCGUGUGAGCCGGGCUUCGUGGUGACUGGCGAGUCUACCUUGGGGAACAGAACCGUCAGAUGUGGGGAAGAUGGCCGCUGGGGCUUCGGAACCCUGUACUGUGAAGAUCAAAGAUGCACAGAUCCAGGAACUCCAGUUGGCAUGGACAUGACGUCAGCAAGUUUUGACGUCAACGGAACGGUGACCUACACCUGUCUACGUCCCGGCUACGUUGCAAGACCGGACGUGCGCACCUGUGUGUAUGAAAAUGAUCAGGUGACAUGGGAUGGCUCUACACCUGUCUGCGUGGACAUUGAGCGACCGGUCUUCUCGAACUGUCCAUCUGAGGUUAUCUACCGUAACAUUUAUACCUCCGCUGCAUUCCCCAUGCCGUCUGCAACCGACAACUCGGGGCUCGUGCUCCCCCUCAAGGUCUCUCCUCCCGGCUUCCGGCUGGACAUGCCGCUAUCACAGUCCUUCAACGUUAACUUCACGGCUAGUGACGUCACAGGCAACACCGCCACCUGCCAAGUGGCCAUCAUCGUCAGGGACACCGUCUCUCCUGACUUGACAUGUCCAGACUACCUGCAGUUUAACGUCAAUAGCAACACAUCCUACACUGUAGACCUCCAGACAGAGGGUAACAUCACCGGGGCUAACCUGACCUUCUAUCCCGACAGGGUGGUGCAGGUGGGGCCUACAACAGUGGGAGUUGCCCCUUAUCACGUGACCACUAUCGACGGCUAUGGAUUUGAGCGACAGUGUGCCUUCAUUGUGGACAUCAGACCGACUGCGUGUCUGAGCGACUACCUCACCCCAGGUGGCGCCACAAAGCAGUGCACGUCACAGGCAGGUGGCAGUCUUACCUGUACUGUCACCUGCGGCGCUGGUAUGGCGUUUCAAGAUGGCAGCACUACCAAGACCUACUCCUGCUCCGGUCAGAAUGAGUGGUCUCCGACACUUCCUGCCAGGUCUUGUACUCCAACGGUUGUGCCUCGGUACAUCUACAUGGUUGCGAUCAACUACACCUGGGAUGGAACUGGCAGCAUCUCGUCUUGUCUGAAUCAGUCCGCGGAAGAGCUUGUAGCUGCGAUACCUACAAGGAACGCGCCAUGUCCAAUCGAUGGAGACCCCUUUUCUCUCAUCACCUUUAAUGCUUCUGUAUUUAGUUUGGACAAUAAUGCGACGAAUCUUGUCCUGGAAUUGACGGUUACAAACUUGACAUCCAUUUCUUCAGUCGACUAUGACUACUGCCAAAGUAUCCUUAGCAACCUAAAUUCAACAGUCGCAAAAGCAUUCUUCAAGAUCCAAACUACGAGCUGCGUCGGACAGACAGUGCAAUGUGAGCCUGGCUACAUGGAGAAUGGGAACCAGUGUAUCGAAUGUCCCUCUGGCCAAUACCAAAACCAGACUGGACAGACUGAGUGCAAGACUUGUGCUGGCAACUUUAGUUCUUCACCAAGAGUGUCUGCUAGUCAGUGCGUAGAGUCCUGCCCCCUGGGUUUUGCAAACGGGCAAGGAAUAGUUGCAAACCGCUCACCCUGCUAUGCCUGUCCUGUUGACACCUACCUCAACACGUCCUACACCGCGAACUGCACGGCCUGCCCCAGUAGCUCCACCACGUUCGGCACAAGGGGCGCCUCGUCGUCUGCACAGUGUAAAGCCUGCCCACCAGGACAGUACCCAGUCAACAGCACCUCGUGCUCGCCAUGUCCCAAGGGUUACUACAAGACCUCGACAGGCUACACCAAGUGUACGGAGUGUCCAGCUAACACUACCACCAACACCACUGGAUCGUCAGCCUCUACCAGCUGCAUAUCACCCACUUCUCCUGCAUGUGGAAACGGUGGCAUACCAGUCAUUUACUUUCACGAGUCCGGCUGUACCUGCCCUGAGGGCUACUACGGAACGACUUGUGAAAACCCGAUCAACCCUUGUGACUCCAGUCCCUGCUACAACAAUGGUAUAUGCACCAGACAGGGCGUGAACUACACCUGCUCGUGUCCUUCAGGUUUUACUGGAAACCAGUGUCAAGUUGAUUCCCAGAAUAACUGCCAGAACAACACGUGCUCGGACAUCAGCUUCUGUCGCGACAAGAUUAACUCCGCCGACUGUGUGUGUCCCUCUGGCGGCAAUUAUACAGGACCACAGUGUGCGGUGCCCCAGGACCUGUGUUCCUCUAGUCCCUGUAAAAACGGUGCCACUUGUCAAAACUUCCCUGGCGUCCGCUACACAUGCAAGUGUCAACCAGGCUACACUGGAAGCACGUGUGAAACACUUAUUGAUCAGUGUGCAUUGAACUCUCAUGGCUGUCUGUACGGAGGUCAAUGCACUAAUGGCAUCAAUAACUACACUUGUUCCUGCCAACAGUCUUACCAAGGCUCUCACUGUCAGCAGACACCCGACUACUGUAACCUAAGUAACCCUUGCCUCGGUGGCGUCUGCUACAACGACUACAACAUGUCCAAAGCGCUGUGUGCCUGUAGCUACCCUUACCGACUGAAUGUCAACAGCGGCCGUUGUGAGGAGAUUGACGUCUGCUCUGAGAGGAGGCCAUGCCAGAACAAUGCCACGUGCCAGCGCGUGUCUCCAGGCCAGUUCCACUGCGCAUGCCCACAGGGUUACGAGGGGUCAUUGUGUCAACACAUCGUCAGGUCCUGCACCAACAGUUCGUGUGUUCACGGACAGUGUGUAGAUGUACUGAACAACUACACGUGUGUUUGCGAUGCUGGCUAUACUGGUCGUUCAUGCGAGGUCGAUGUCAAUGACUGUCCUGGCCAGUGCGUGGCGAACAACACACUUAUGUGUAUCGAUGGGGUCAAUCAGUACACGUGCUCUUGUAAAGCUGGCUUCACUGGUGUACACUGUGAGACUAAUAUCAAUGAGUGUGCGAGUCUGCCCUGUAAGCAUAACGGCGCGUGCGUCGAGAGCGUGACACCUGGUGACUACAACUGCACCUGCAGAGAUGGAUGGACGGGAAAAAACUGCGACACGCUUCCUGUCUUCUGUAGAAACGACUCUUGCCAGAAUGGAGGAGUGUGCUACAACUUGCAGGACAGGCUUUUCUGCAGCUGUCAAGCAGGUACACAUGGAAACGCUUGCAACGAAACCACUAACAUCUGCAGCAUAGUGAGCCCUUGUGUCAACCCUAACCAAUGCCAGUCUCGCAACGAAACGGCCUCUUGCAACUGUCCUCAGAACUACACUGGAGGUUCAUGCCAGCUGGUCAAAGAUUUCUGUAGCCCCAAUCCGUGUCCGACUGGCCAGUGUGUGACAACUGAUGUAGGCUACAGCUGCCAAUGUCAAGCAGCUGACAACUGUACCACCACAGACCACUCGUGUGCUUCACUGACAUGUCCCAGUGGAAGUAGUUGUGUGGAGACAGCUAGUGGCCCUCUGUGUCUUUGUCAUCCGGGCUACCUUCUGGGUGGUGGCGUGUGCAAAAACACGUCCAGCGACUUCGACAUCUACUUCACCAGACGCUCCAACACUGCGGUCCGGGCUCUGCAGCCAUUCACAGUCACAGGACAAGCUUUAAGUCUCACCUUCUGGAUCUCUUUCCUUGAUAAUUCGAGUUCCUUCCCAGUACAACUUAUCAGUGACAGGAUGGACCGGGUGCUCCUCGUCUCACAGUAUGGAGUCACCUUCGGGGGUACAUUUGCUGUAAACUUUACAGAUUAUAACGGAAGUCCACAGUCACUGCCUGCAGAACAGAAAUGGACCUUCUGUGCGAUCACGUGGAGUGUGACAGGCCAUUACAAGAUCUACAUCGACAGUGUGGAGCUGCCAAGCGGCAGUGGAAUUCCCAACGGUUAUUUCCCCUCCUUAGGAAGCCUGUUGUACCCCUACAUCGGCGAGGACUUUGCUGGCUACAUCUCGCAACUCAACGUGUGGAACGGCACUCUGACCAGUCAGGCAGCGCUGGCUUUGUACGCCAACAGUGAUGCUGCCCCCUCAUCCCUGGCACCAGCCUAUCGCUGGGCAGAGUAUCAGUUCAACUCCUGCGUCAAGCUUAUCUCCCCCAGCACCGUGAAGCGAGACAAAGCCAUGUGUCAGAUGAGAAACUAUGGUAACGAGUGUGCCAAUGACACAGUCAAAACGCCGCCUGUCGCAAACUGUUCCACGACAGACCUGAAAAUUCCCACCUACCGUCAAAUACAGUUAUUUGACCACAUGAGCACGAAAACGAUCUUCCCUGGGGAUUAUCCGGUGUUUACUAACAUGAAUGGAACGCUGCUGACCUUCGGCGCCUACCACGUGGUUUACGCAUCCAGAGACACGGCGGGCAACGUCGCCAUGUGUCGCUUUAACGUCUACGUGCAACGUGAGGGUCAUGUGUGCAACUCUGGGGAGGCUGACUCUGGUGAUUCAACUUUGACCUCUUGUGCUGCACAACCUUCGUUGGGUGAGAGCGUGACGUGCCCGGUGAACUCUAGCGUCAUGCCGUUCACGCCCAAGGUCCUGACGUGCGGCAAGCUGGGCUCCUACAACCUGGGUGACCUUUACACCCUGCCCCCAGCACAACCCUGUAGUGACUUUGUGGAUGCUCAAGUGCUAGCGACCUUGUCCCUGAAGUAUCAACUGAGCAUUUCCUGUGGUACCAGUGUGGCAGCAUCCAUGAAAAGCAAUCUUCAGAACAAAGUGAAGACCUUGGCCGGUACUUGGCAGAAGCUGUGUAACAACAGCAACUGUGACUCGGUGAAUGUCAAUGUAGUUUGUAACAGUAACACCGCAACGGCCAGUCUGAUCUUCCAUGACUUACCGGCUCAACUGACUUCUGGUAAUGUCACAUACACUGUCACAGAACUCCUCAAAGUGUCUGCCAUCGAGCAGGACACGUUCGUCAUCAGUUUUGUGGCGAAUUCAGUUUUGAUCAGGGAUGAAGUAACGGUCACCAUACAGAUGACAUGUAGGCAAGGCUAUGGGCGAUUCGGUGCUGGGUGUGUUCAGUGUGUCGCUGGCAGCUUUCUGAACUCCGCAACGAACAUGUGUGAGCAGUGUGCAGUCGGCACCUACACCAACUCACCUGGUCAGACUCAAUGUACACCAUGUCCACAGAAUCAGACGACGCUUCGAGUGGGCUCCACAUCCUGUGUUGAGAAAUGUUCUGAGGGGGGUUAUUAUAACCUCACCAACAACGCAUGCCAACCUUGCUUCAAGAACUUUUACCAGCCCAACAAAGGAAGUGUGGCUUGCUUUCCCUGCCCACCAAACAGUUUCACUGCAGGACCAGGAACAGUUUCUUUGGAUAAAUGUCGUGCCGCCUGCCCACCUGGCUCAGACAUGCAGGACACCUCGUGUGUGCCGUGUGCCCGCGGCUCCUACCGGACAGGACUUGUGGCAGACGACAAGUGUCAGAACUGCUCCGCUAGGCAACACCACCGCCACCACCAACUCCACCUCGUCCAUCGACUGUUAUCAGCCUGCCUGUUCCCCUGGUUACAUGCGUAACUCCACCACUAACCAGUGUGAACUGUGUCCUUACGGCUAUUACCAGCCUGAACAGUGGCAAGACACGUGUAUCCCAUGUAACAUCAACUACACCACCAACAACACCGGAAGCACCAGCUCCAGCGACUGUAUAUUUGUGUGUCCAGCGGGGUCAGAGGACCUUGGUAACCACACCUGUCAACCUUGCCCCAGAGGAUCGUACCGCGCCAACUCGUUACAAGACCGAUUCCUCAGGUGCACCGCAUGUAACACCAGCUUCACCACCGUCACUAC